AUGGCAAAGCUGUGGCAUCUCAUGCUCCUGUUCUGGGCAUGGAGUCCUCUGUGUCUGCCAUCCAGUGUAAGCUUCAUUGGUAAACCAAAGGAGUGUAAAAAGGCUCACUUUGUCCCUGGUUACAAUCUGGGUGGAGAAGGCUUCGACAUUGUCUCGAUGGAGCGGAAAGGUGCCUAUGUCAUCGACACUGAAACAUGGAAGCUUGCCAAUGGCACUUGCAGGCUAUACAGAAACAACUACAGGAAUGGAGAGAGCCAGAAGGUCCCAGUUGCUGUAGUGGACUGGAGAACCCUCCCCAAGUGCAGUUUGAAGGUCUCCAGUACAGUCUACGACUCUGCUGAAAGUCUUGUCAGUGAUUCCACAUCAUCGGUGUCCAAUAACUGGACACUUGGCCUUGACAUACCUGUAGAUCCAAAUGUCACUGUUGGUGGUGGCUUAGGAGGAUCCCACUCCAGAGAAUCUACCUUUAGCAUGCAAAAGUCCAAACAAGAUCGCUACACCUUCUUAAGCCAUUCCGUCCACUGUAGUUUCUACCGCUACAGACUGGCAACAAGACCUCCACUGAGUCAUGAGUUUGAAUCAGCCGUGAACAACCUUCCUCCGUAUUCACAUAAAACAGAGACAUUAUAUCGCAAUCUGAUUGACACAUAUGGUACACAUUACAUCAUACAAGUGUCUCUGGGAGGGGAGAUAAAGGCCAUCACUUCCAUCAGGACUUGCCAGGCAACCAUGAAUGGACUGUCAGCAACAGAAGUCAGUGACUGUUUGUCAGUUGAGGCCUCAGCUAGCUUUGAAAGUAGCGCCAGCAUUAACGCCACAUUAGCACACUGUCAGGCAGAGAAGAAGAAGUUAGGCUCUAACCAAAGUUUCAGUAGCAGUUUCAAUGAGCGUAUCACAGAGGUCACUGGUGGAAACAUUGAUGGAGCUGAUAUCCUAUUUCAAGGCCAAUCAAACCCCUCUGUCUAUAACAGCUGGCUUAACUCACUGAAAGACAUCCCUGAUGUGGUCCGAUACAAUUUAAAGCCCCUGCACACCAUACUGCCAAGUGGUCAUCCUGCCAGCGCUGGACUGAAGAAAGAGGUGGAGACGUACAUCAAGAAAAAUGCAGUGUUGAAGAAAUGCUCAGAAAGCUGUAAGAUUGGGCACAGGUCCAACAAAAGGGACCCAUGUGCUUGUGUUUGCAACAGAAAUCAGAAUAUCGCGUCCAACUGCUGUCCUGCUGGGAAAGGUCUUGCAACAUUAAAGGUCUUCAAGCUCUAUGCACGAGGUCUGUAUGGUGAUAAGUGGACUCAGACAGAUGGUUCAGUUCAGGUGACAUAUGGUGUUCAGAAUAAGCGCACUGACAUCAUCAGUAACAAUGACAAUCCUAAAUGGUCAGACACAUUUGAAUUUGGACCCAUAACCAUCAACAUGAAAGAUAAACUUAAGUUCAGUAUUUAUGAUGAGGAUAGUUACUGGAACAGUGAUCUGCUUGGUGAGUGUUCAUUUAAUCUGCGUAGUGGGAAGGUGAGUAACACUUGUAUGUUAGACCAUGGUACCUUCUACUUCUCCUACAUAGUAGAGUGCGCAGAAGGUCUUAGUGGUAACCGAUGUCAAGAGUACACACCCUCUCCCAUGAGUCCCUCUCUGACCAAACUCUUCUACACCCGAAAUGGGAUCCUUCUUGGAGAGAUGGGGAAGAAGAAAGCUAAAUCAGUCAGUCAGGUUGAGGCCAGAUCGGGUGAUGAGUGAAUAAGGAUUUGAUUUUAUGAUGAUCUUGCAUGUAGUUAAUUGCAUAUUUUGUCCCUUUGUUUGCAAAAAUAAGUAUAUAUGUUCUCAAUUUCUUAAAUUUAACCCAAAUAUGUGUUUGUGAGUACUUAUGUUUGAUAAUCCACCUUUUCAUCUGCUUCUUUCUUGUUAGUUACAAAUAAACGACA